AUGGGGGUGAGGACGAGGACCGCCGUCGCGAGCUCGAACCGUCACUAUAGCGCCAACAGCCGCAACUACGACUCCAACGACCGUAACUACGACUUGCACGACCGUACUUACGACUCCAACGACCUUCACUACCACCAUCACGUUCAUCACCACGGCAGCCAGAACUCCGAGCCCCACCCCUCCGACAAGAUCGGGAACGCUCUCGACGACAUUGCACAGACCCGCGCGAGCAACCGCAGGAACUACGCAAAGCUCGAAGCCCUCAACCGAGAGUCCGAAGAGGCCAAAAAGCAGCAGGCGCGGCGCCAGGACAAGAUCACCAGUCUCCUCGUAAAGCUCCAACCCAGCGAGGCCCACUGCGCACGCCAGAAGGACCUCAUCCGACGCCUCAAGCCCCAGGCCGACGAGGCCGCCGGCUACGUCUGGUGGCCCACAAACUACGAGCGCGCCCGGUGCUACGAGGAGAUCAUGAUCGAGCCCGCCGUCGUGGAGGAGGCUGGGCUGCCUGCCCUGCCGCUUGCUCCUGCUCCCGCUGCUAGGCUUUUGGGGGGAUUUGAAUGA